GACCAACUCAGAGAGAGAGAGUUCAGUCUGAGCCAGAAAGAAAGAGAGAUAGAGAGAGAGAGACUAACUCACAGAGAGAGAGAGAGAGAGAGUUCAGUUUGAGCCAGAAAAAGAGAGAGAGAAACUCAGGGAGAGGAGGAGGGGGAGAGAGAGAGAGAGAGAGAGAGAGAGAGAGAGGAAGCCUCCCUCGCUCGCUGCAGUAGAUUGAGGAAGCAGCUCCAGUUGAGAAGUUGCUGCACGAGGUGAAGGAGGAAGAGGCUGUGAGCGCGCGCCAUGAGCCCCAGCCUGAGGACCUGAGGAGCUGCCAGCUGCUGAAAACAUCUGGAGGAGGGUCAAGAGACACUGUGGCACUGUGGGAAAGAGAGCGAGAGAGAGUCGGUGUCUCAGACUGGGUGGAUCAGACUGGACUGUUUUUAUCCACACAGCAGAGGAGUGUGUGUGUGUGCUGAGCUGAAUUGGAGCAGUGUGUGUGUGAGUGUGUUAUUGAGCGGCGAUGUCGUGGCUGUCGCCCGUUCAGUGGGCUAAGUGGACGUGGUCGGCUGUUAGGGGAGCGGGUGAGGAAGAGGAUGGAGAGAUGCGCGAGGAAGAGGAGGAUUGUCCGCAAGAGGGAGACGAGGAAGAGGAGAAAUCCCAGAGCUACAGCACGGACUCAGAGGGUCAGUUUGAGACGCCCGAAACGGAGACGCCUGUCCACCACGCACUCACCGACCCAGCAGCACUGGCUCCGCCCACUGGAGAGCCUGCAGGUAUAGAUCUGGACGACGAUGAUCAGGAGAUUCCCGUUACCAAGGAAACCGAGCAGAUCUCCAUCCUGUCUGAACCGGACCCCCAGCAUUACAGCCCGAUCCCAAAGCCUGAAGACCCCCAACCUCUGCCCUCCAUCAUGACCGUAGAGACAGCAGAAGAUCCAACCCACACUCUUUCUUCUCAGCCUGUCUGUAACGGCCACCUUCCAGAACGUUCCCAGACCUCGGUUCCCAAAGCACGACCUCCGUCUCUAAAGAUGAAGUCUCCUCUGAACGCCGUCGACCCCAACGAGGUGGACGACGAGCCUCCACCGCUGCCGAAGGGCAGCUACAGUUUUGACCCGAAUCAGUGCGAUUUGAACUCCAAUCCGUUUGCUAGCGGCAGCUCCAAAAUGCAGAAUUCCCCGGUGCUUCCGAAGGGCACGUACAAUUUUGACCCGGACAACUUUGACUCCUUGGAGUCCUUGGAUCCUUUUAAGUCUUCGUCAAAAGGUUUGGCUUUGAGCAGUGACUCGGCUAAAGCAGAAACUGAUCCCCUCCCUGCAUCUUCCAGCAUCCCAAAAGCACAGCUUCCAGACCCUGAAUCCAAUUCCCAGUCGGAAGCCGGGGAGGAAAACCUAGGAUCCAAGAGAAUUCUGCAACAGAAACAAGGGAAAAGGCCAGGAACUAAAGUUACCCCCAAGAAACAGAGAGCUAAAGCUUUAACGGAUAAGUCAGAAGUAUCAGAGCAGCCCUCCCACCCAGAGUGCGACUCGUCCGCUCCUCUGAACGUGGACGAUAUUCCCAUUUCCAAAAAAUCUUACAAAUUCGACCCCAACCAGUGGGACGACCCCAAUUUUAACCCGUUUGGUGGAACUAGCAAAAUGAGCAACUCCCCGACCCUUUCCAAAGGGGCGUACACUUUUGAUCCGGACAACUUUGAUGACUCUGUGGAUCCUUUCAAACCGAGUAAAGCUUUCGGACCUAGCAAUGACUCUACAAAAGCAGAAACAGAGAUCAGUGUGGAUAUACUCGAUAAACAAACAAACCAAGAGCGCCCUCUAGUGGAGGAGAGGAAGGCACGCCAGUCGCCCAAGAAGAACAAGGACAGAAUCAUCACGACCACUGAGCAAGUUCGGUUUCUCUGCUUGCUCCUGAACACCUGUAAAGUGAAGAAGUAUGAGAACAAGUCAUUAGUGCAGGACGUCUGCAGCCAGGGUGAGGAGGUGCAGGAGGAGCCGGUGAGUCCUCUGGAGCUGCCGGUACAGCACGCCACAGAUGAGGAGAAGUUAGCAUCCACAGGGAUGGUGCAGAAAGAGCCGAACGAGAAGAACACAGACGAUCUACCAGUGGGGGAAACUGAUCAUUUUAGUGAAAAGGAAAUAUGCACUCCUACAGAGGGCCUGUGUAAGUCCCAGGCUCUGAUUGGCUGUGAGAAGAUGGAGAAGGUUUCUCCAAGUCUGGACUCUAUCCCCCUCAGUGAGAUGGACAAAGCAGCUGUACUGACCCUUAUCAGAGAGGAGAUCAUCUCUAAAGAGAUUGAGGCCAACGAGUGGAAGAGGAAGUACGAAGACAGCAGGAUGGAGUUAACAGAAAUGAGGAAAAUCGUGGCUGAAUAUGAGAAGACUGUAGCACAGAUGAUCGAAGAUGAGCAGAGGAAGACUAUGGGCUCCCAGAAGAGUGUCCAGCAGCUGACCCUGGAGAGAGACCAGGCCCUGGCUGACCUCAACUCAGUGGAGCGGUCACUGUCCGACCUCUUCAGGCGCUAUGAGAACAUGAAGACCGUGCUGGAGGGAUUUAAGAAGAAUGAGGAGGUGUUGAAGAAGUGUGCCCAGGAGUAUCUGGCACGGGUUAAACAGGAGGAGCAGCGAUAUCAUACCCUCAAACUGCAUGCAGAGGAGAAACUUGACAAGGCGAAUGAGGAGAUCGCUCAGGUGCGUUCAAGGGCGAAUGCGGAGAGUGUGGCUCUGAACGCAAGUCUGAGGAAAGAGCAGAUGAAGGUGGAGUCUCUGGAGAGAGCACUCGAACAGAAGAAUCAGGAGAUGGAGGAGCUGACAAAGAUUUGUGACGAACUCAUAGCAAAAUUGGGCACAACAGACUGAAACCCAACAAGAAAAACUCUUCAAGCCCCACCCCCAGCUGCUCAAACUGUGCUUUAAUCCAGAUGACACGCCCCAAACCUUCCCACAACAAACACCCUUAGAAAAAUGCAGUUUUCGUUUUGGGGAAAAAUGAUCUGUACACUGAUACAUACAAAUUAUUAUAUUCCUUGCUCUAUUCCAGCUUUGCUAAUGCCGUUAAUCCUAAAGGGGGCGCUAUCAAACUCACUCCUUGUAUUGUAAUAGCAAAAUCGCCCGACUCCAACAGCUCAAACUGCACUUUAAUCAAGCUGACACGCCCCCAAACCUGCCCACAAGACACACCCCAAAACCUACCCACAAAAACAUAUCCUCAAACCUGCCCACAAGACACAAGAAAAAGGAUGUUCCAUUUUGGGAGAAAUUAUCCAUACACUCCUUUUUCCAUCCCUCUAGUCCAGUUUUGCUCAUGCUGCUGCUGAUCCUGAAGGGGGUGCCAUCACACUCACUCCUUUUACUGUAAAUAAGAGACUUGUUUUUUGUUGUAUCGUUGUUUUAGACGUUGUUUUGGACGUUAUUUUACAGGUUCUGUUGUGGGUCGUACUGUAACCCCGUCAUGGUAGACCACAGUAAAUGAGUGGGAACAAAAGUGUGUUUUCAGUGUUUACACACUUUGGGAUUUGAGUUACAGUGGUUGUGUUUAUCGUUAAUAGUCACGGUCUGAUUUUAAUCAUCAAAAUGUGUGAAGUUAUGAAUUGUUACGUUGAGUGAGAUGAUGUAAAGCAACAGGGAGAUCAAAUAGAACCAACUGAAAUACUGUAUUAUGAACAGAUCUUUUUACACAGGUGGAAAAGCUCAAUGUGGGAAGCUAAAUGCUAGUGUAAACAGCAGCUACAACAACAAUGCUCCAUGCUAACUUUUAAACCACUUAACAUCACACUGUUAGUAGCUGGCAAAUGCGCUUUAGGUUGUUUUAAACCUGUUUUUACUUUACAGUACAAUACAGUUUGGCAGGAACGAUUUUGCACAUUUUUAGCAUUUAGCCCAAAUGUAUCGGACAAGCUAAGCCAUGUUAGCCCAGGUUACAUGCUAGUUUUGGGGCUUACACAGGUGGAAGUUCCAGGUGGGCAUGGGAUCUUAUUGGUUUGUAAUUGUGUUGUAACUAGAAUUCAGUUAUUUCCUUAGAUUUACACUGAAGCUACCACACUAAUGUAGUAUUUAUUGUAGAAUAACAUCCUAGAAUAAACUCUGUAAAUUAAAUACAGUAAGAUUUUCUCCACUAGAAUGUCUUAAGCCGCAUUAAAAAACAUAAACCAGUACAACAGAAUAGGUAUUCAAAUAUCUACAUAUCUACAUUUGUAAAUGUUGUGGCAAUACGCUUAUUUUUUAAAAAUUAUAAUUUACUUUAAAUGUGUAAAUCAGCAUUAAACUGGUAGAAUUCUGUCAGAAAAGACAUUUAAUACAUGACAACAAGCAAGAAAAUCAGCUCAAACGAGCACAGUAUGCUAAAGUACACCUUGUUACAAUCAAUAUAUACAUUAAAACACAUUUGAAUGUACAGGCUCAUUUGAGUCUGUAUGGAAUAGCAAUAAUGGAACCACAAAAAAAUAAUACUUACAAGUAAAAAUAACAAUAAAACAUGAGUUUUGUCAUAAAAUGAAGCUUAUCUCCUUUUAAAAAUGUGAUUUUAAUAACUGCGCCUAACAAUUGUGGUAAAAUAAGGUGCAGAUAUGCUAGCUAAGUGCUAACUGAAAACUUAUGGACUAAUUGGUUAGUUACCACCAUGAUGCUAACUAAAUGUCUUAAGUCAUCACACAAUCUUCACAAAGUUUGAGUAAUAUUAUCUAGUCUACAGUGGAUACUAUAAUUAUGAGGCUUCUGACAGAAUAUAUCUGUUAUUAAACUAUAUAAAUAAGCAAAAGUUCUGUAGCAUGGCUAAAAACAUCCAGCUAGCUGUUAGCUGGUGUUAGCUACAUUAGCCUGGUAGCUUCAGUUUCAGGAAAAAAACAAACGGAGGUAAAAACAUGUCUUUGCUGAUCAGUUACUUUUGGGAUAAGGAGAUAAAAAGUGUGUAUAUUUGAUAUUAUUGUCAUUUGUGCCAUUUCUGAGUUACUUUUCCUGCUAAACUGAGUUUUAUCUCUCAGACAAAGCCUUGAAGUUUACUGCCUUUAUUUCACACAGUGUUAAUUCUGAAAUCAUGCUAAAUGCUAAACGACAAUCUGCGCUGCUGAAUUAGCUCUGUGCCUGUUUGCCAAAGUGACCAAGCUGAUCCAGCGUCUGUUAGGAUAUAUCGCCCAUUCUGUAUACGCAGCGGUCCGAACCGCGGAAACUGCCCUGCCGCAGUCAGUGGUAAAGGUGUGUGACGGUCCAGUGUGUAUUUUUAUGAGAGUGAUAUUUCUCUGUUAUUUUCCUCUCAUUGAUGUUUGUAAAGUGGAAGAGAGAGCUGCACAGAAAUCAUGUUUACUAAUAUAUAUUUUGUGCAUAAGGCAUUCGCCAAAAUAAAAGUGAUAAUUAUAGCUUG